AUGCUGGUGACUGCUGUAGGUGGUCACCCACCAGCAAUGUGCUUCUGGCCCCAAAACACCGACUGCCUCAUCCAGGAGGAUCCUGAUCCUGAGGACAGCUCACCUAUUAUCUCCUUAGCCGAUCAAGAUGGCACUGUGGUUCCUACAUCUCUCCAGUCACCCUCUAAUGCCAACCCAUCCAAGGACUUCAUUCGCUGCCUGCCACCUCACCUCUCCAUGUACAUCCUGGGGCUUUUGGAUCAAAAAUCCCUCCACACGUGUGCUGCUGUGAGUAGAUGCUGGGCUUUUCUGGCCACAGAAGUCAAGAGGGAACGUGUGUGUCAAAGGGUAGUACAGGAGAACAUCCUGUAUUUGCAGGAGAAGGAAGACAAUCUGCAGGCAGCCUAUCAUGAUCUGCAAACUGAUACGAUUCAGCUGGAAGAGAGAAAUGUCUUCUGUGGCUCCUACAAUAUUCGUGUCUUCACAGACCGAUCAGACCAAAGCAGAGUAAUCCAUUACGGUGGUGGAAACUUGGUAGCCGUUGGCUCUGCAGACCGAAAAGUGAGGCUUCUUGGUAUGUCGGGAAUGAAAGAAGUGCCUCCUCUGCUCUCUGGCCACGCUGGGAGCAUCAAAGCACUGUUCCUCAAUGAGAAGAAAGGGUUCGUUCUCAGUGCAAGCUUUGAUCUCAGCAUCAGAUGCUGGAAUAUAUACAGUGGUGCUUGUGUGAAAAUCUUUAAUGGUCACUGUGGGACAGUCACCUGCUUGGAUUUACACGAAGAGCAGUUUGUGUCAGGAGCCAGGGAUGGGAUGGUGAAAGUGUGGAACCUGGAGAGUGGGAAAUGUCUCAAGACUCUGAAGCACAACAGUGCUGUUUGGGUAGUUAAAAUGGAUGGCACCCGUGUUGUCAGCGGGUGCGACCGAGGGCUGGUGAAAGUCUGGCGUGCUGAUACGGGUGCUCUGAUCAAAACAUUAGAGGGGCACCAAGGCCCAGUUAAGUGCCUGUCCUUUGAUCAGUGGCACCUAGUCACAGGAAGCACCGAUGGAUACGCCCUGGGAUGGAGCAUGUUGGGAAACCUCAAGAGAUGCCUAAUAGCUUUCCGCCAUCCUAAGGAAGUCCUGUCCCUGGAGUUCCUCUAUCUCCGAGUCAUCAGUGGCUGUGCUGAUGGAAAGAUUCGUAUAUUUAACUACCUGACUGGAAGCUGCUUGAAAGUGUUGAUGGCCAACAGCAGAGGGGACCCCAUAUCUUCUUUCUAUGUUGCAGAAAACAGGAUGGUGAUCAAUUCACCAACUAGUCUGCUGAUGUUCCAGUUUGAGGAUGUCAGGUGGGACUAUACCUUAGCCACUGACCGAGAGAGGGUACAGCUGUACAAAACCCCUCUGCAACACAAAAAGGAUCAGACAGUCCAGCUCCAACGUGCAAGAACGCACAGUGAUUCUCUGACUAUGAAAAAAAUUUCUAUACCCUUUGAAACCAAAAUGCUGCAGCUCAAGCUGAAAAACUCUUUGCAUGGACCCACUGUCAAAUCCUCCAUCCCUGCUCCCUCCGUUGUACGUCCCAAGACUUGCUGUGGAUUGCUGCGAGAAAAGGAAGCUCACAGCGGUCACGACCCUUCCCGGAGUGACGGUGGGCUCAGGCUUCUGACAGGAAAACAGCGGGAGGUGCAGGAGGCAGCUACUGCCGCUCAGCACCAGGCUCACCAGGCAAAACUCGGAGAAGAUCAGCAAAGAGCACGCAAGAAGGCCUGGUUAAGGAAAAUUAAAGGCCUACCUAUAGACUCUUUUACUAAGGAGGGGAAAAUAGCUGCUCCUGAACUUGGGCUUAACACGUUUAUCUGA